CUCUUACUUCUCUCUCUCGAGUCAUCACUACAACGAAACCCUAGCUCCCUUCUCCCCAUAUCGGAAGCAGAGAAAAAUCUCCGGCGAAGAUGGCAGGUGGCCUGGAUAUGUCACUUGACGAUCUCAUCAAAUCUAAUCGAAAACCAACGGGAUCUCGCGGCCGAGGCAACGGUGGUUCUAGUAGAUUCGGCGGUGGCUCCGGUCCGUCUCGGCGAUUUUCUAACAGAGUAGGGAACAGAACGGCGCCGUAUUCAAGGCCGUUGCAACAACAGCAAGCUCAAGACCCAAUGUGGCAAAACGACGUUUUCGCUACCGACGCGAGUGUGGCGGCGGCUUUUGGGAAUCAGUCUGGAGGCUUUGGAAGCGUCGGAGGAGGAUCUUCAAUCGAGACUGGGACGAAGCUUUACAUCUCCAACUUAGACUAUGGUGUCUCCAACGAGGAUAUCAAGGAGCUCUUCUCAGAGGUUGGUGACCUUAAGCGUUAUGGGCUUCACUAUGAUAAGAGUGGAAGAUCCAAGGGUACUGCUGAAGUUGUUUUUUCACGGCGUGGUGAUGCCUUGGCUGCUGUCAAGCGUUACAAUAAUGUUCAGUUGGAUGGGAAGCUGAUGAAGAUUGAGAUCGUUGGAACGAAUCUUUCAGCUCCAACACCUACUACACCUCUUGCUCCAGUUCAGUUUCCCUUUCCUUCGAAUGGGAUACUUGGCAACUUUAACGAGAACUACAAUGGAGGUUUUAAUGGAAACUUCAGGGGAAGAGGUGGUUUUAUGGGGCGGCCUCGUGGUGGUAAUUUCCGAGGUGGUAGAGGAGGCAGGGGAGGAGGUGGUCGCGGCAGUGGAAGAGGACGUGAUGAAAAGGUGUCUGCAGAGGAUCUUGAUGCUGAAUUGGACAAGUAUCACAAAGCGGCAAUGGAAACAAGCUAAGAGAAGCGACUAAAGUCCCAUUGCAAUGUAUUCCUUUAGUGCAUGAUAAUGCUUUUGUAUGAGUAUGAGAUUUAGAUUUAUAUCAAUUGUCUUUAACAUUAUCUGAGUUUAGCUUUUUCUUUUACAUUCUCUUUGUAAGCGUUUCAGAGAAACCAGUUCUGUGUGUCCUGAGGAAUUCAAAUCCUUAUUAAGUUCGAUAUGGUUACUAUGUUAAUUUUGGAUAA